AUGGCAUCUGUACUCGAACCAGCUAUUCCGGAGCACCUCCAAAAGCCUCGCACGGUACCACUACGAGGGAAGACUGACUAUGAACCUCCAGUGCCUGCAUACAGUGCCAGAUUUCCUCUCGAUACAAAAGGGCUAGUCAUCGGCAUUACUGGAGUUCAAACACGAGGAUCUAUCAAUGCUAAACCGAACAGUCCAGCUUUCAAGGAGAUUGUAUCUUUCGUUGAGAAGCCAGUGGAGAAGUACAAACCUCGCUAUUGGGAAGCUGCAGCGAUGACGGACAAUCGCGGCGCUUUCAACGAGACGGCCAUUGCGUACUGGCAGACCAAAGUGGACUAUGAAGGAUGGUCUAAGGAAAGUGGAUUCGCGGUCUGGUGGGAGUCUCUCCAAGCCGGAAAAGAAAAUGGGUGGUUCUUGGAGGUCCUUUUACCAUCGAUUGAUCGAUUCGAGACCGUCUUUUCCGACAAUUCCGAGCCCGAAGGUGCCGCCUAUAUGCGAUCUGGUGUUUCGGGACCUAUCCGGGAACAUGUGUAUUGGGGUUCUAUGCGAGAUCGCAUGCCCAUUGCGCAAACAGACGAAUUGGAUGGUGAGAAAGGAUUGGCGGCGCGGCAGGAUUCUUCGGCGAAGAGGAUCGAUACUACCCUUCAUCAGCGUGUCCGAGUCGCGGGAAAGAAGAAUCUCGCCAUCAUUCGCAGCGGACAGGAUUGGUCCAACACCAACCCCCAUGAGCGGGAAAAAUACCUCACGGAAAUGCAUCCGGUUCUCGUCACUGGUAUGACCUUUUUACGCGACCAAGGCGAAGAGGUUGGAUGUAUUGAUUGCCGAUUCAUGGAAGUGCUCCCCAAGGAUGAAAAGGAUGAGAAGAAGACUACUGACAAGACUUUUGGACUGGCUUACUUUGACGAACUCGCAUCUUUGGAAGGGUGGAGUAAGAGCCACAUCACUCAUUUGAAUAUUUUUGGGCAGUUUAUGAAGUAUGCGGGCGAAUUGCAGGGGAAUGUUAGCUUAAGACUGUUUCAUGAGGUUAUGGUGCUGGAGCCUGGUCAGCACUUUUUUGAGUAUGUUGGGUGUCAUGAUACGACGGGUAUGCUUGCUGCAGCGAGGUGA